AUACGCGCGGUGGCGGGGACUGAAGAUGGCGGAUAGUGAUGUUGAACCAGAGCCCGACUGGAGUAAUCGGCCUUCCAACACUGCCGAGGACACUCUCGUCGCCAUGGAAUGCUUGCUCACCACCCUGAGAGCGCUUGAAGCAACGCUCAGGCAACAAGACAUUUCGGAAAUAUCAUCCACCGAAUAUUGCGACAACUUCUGCCAGGCACUGAUGGACUACGCUGGGAGCAGGAAUUCUGUGGAACAUGGUCUUCCUCUCCUGGAGGUCUACUGCCUGGCCAUCAACUGUUUUGCUGCUGCAAGGCCACAUCUCACUGCAGACUCUGACACUGUUGCCCUGGUGUUGAAGAGAUUAGCACUGAGCUGUUUUGAACUGUUGCUAUCUGUGCCUGAAAACGAAAUCCCUUAUGAGGCCUGGGUUCAAUUUCACCGCUCUGUUCAGGUGGCACAUGAUGCCUUGUUGGAGUAUGGGAGCAUAGAUCUACAAGCCCUCCUCCAAAUCACAGGGGAGGGUGGAGCGUGGAGUAACCCUGUCCUAAGCGCCCUUCUCACCGGUCAUCCCACAACCGCAGAGGAAGUUGACGCGUACAUCUCCUUGGAGGGGGAGGGCUUCAUGGAGAUGCGGGUUAAACACCUGGAGAAAGUGGGGGAGGUGGCGAAGGCUGUGGUACUGGCUAAGGCCUGUGCUGAAUGCCAUCUUGUCUCCAACCAAACCACCUUCCGCCAGACCUAUGUCUCUCUCCUCUGCCAACUGCUGCCGGGCGAGGAGGCCAUCAUGGAGAUAUCCAGACUGGACUGUAAGGAUGUGCUGGAUAUUACAUGCAAUUUGGAGACUGAGGGGGAGGAUAACACAGCCUUCAUCCUGUGUACUACCUUCCUAACUCAACAGCUGCAGCAGCAGAGCCUGUACUGCUCCUGGGAGCUCACACUGUUGUGGAGUAAGCUGCAGAGAAGGAUCGACCCAUCUUUGGAGUCACUGCUGGAGCGUUGCCUGCAGCUAGGUGCCAUUGCUAAGACUGUCUACCAUCUGCUCUUCCUUGUGCGUGUCAUCCGGACAGAGGAAGCCAUGGAUUACAGGAAACAUCCGCACUGAGCUAAAGGCUAGAGGUGCUGCUUUCAAGGAGUGGAACACAAAUCCGGACUCAUCAGAAAUCCAGCUAAGCCCACCGACGAACCAUCAAACAGGCAAUCGUCAAUACAAGACUAAGAUUGAAUCCAGAGCAGAGCACUGGCUCUGGCUCUGCUCGGAUGUGGCAGGGCUUGCAAAAUAUCACAGAUCACAAAGGGAAACCCAGCCACGGGCUGCCCAGUGAUGCGAGUCUACCAGACCAGCUAAAUGUCUUCUAUACUCGCUUUGAAGCAACCAACCCUGAACCAUGCAUGAGAGCACCAGUAAUUCCGAAUGACUGUCUGAUCACGGUCUCUGUAGCCGAUGUGAGUAAGACCUUUAACCACGUUAACAUUCAUAAGGCUGCAGGGCCUGACGGAUUACCAGGACACAUACUCAGAGCAUACGCUGACCAGCUGGCAAGUAUGGUAUUUUUUGUUGUUGUAUUUGACCCCCUUUUUCUCCCCAAUUUGGAUCUUGCCUCAUUGCUGCAACUCCCUAACGAGCUUGGGAGGCGAAGGUCAAGUCAUGUGUCCUCUGAAACAUGAUCCGCCAAACCGCACUUCUUAACACCCGCUAAACCCGGAAGCCAGCCGCACCAAUGUGUCGGAGGAAAGACUGUUCAACUGAUGACCGAGGUCAGCUUGCAGGCGCCCAGCGCACCACAAGGAGUCACUAGAGCUCGAUGAGCCAAGUAAAGCCCACCCGGCCAAACAAUCCCCUUACCUGGAUGAUGCUGGGCCAAUUAUGUGCCGCCCUAUGGGACUCCCGAUCACGGCCGGUUGUGAUAUAGCCCGGGAUCGAACCCGGGUCUGUAGUGAUGCGAUGCAGUGCCUUAGACCGCUGCGCCACUUCGGGGGCCCUGCACUGACUCCCUGACCCUGUUUCAAGCAGACCACCAUAGUCCCUGUGCCCAAGAAUGCCAAGGUAAACUGCCUAAUUGACUACUUCCCCGUAGCACUUACAUCUGUAGCCUUGAAAUUAUUUCAAAGGCUGGUCAUGGCUCACAUCAACAACAUCAUCUCAGAAACCCUGGACCCACUCCAAUUCGCAUACAGCCCCAACAGAUCCACAGAUGACGCAGUCUCUAUUGCACUCCACACUGCCCUUUCACACUUGGACAAAAGGUACACCUACAUGAGAAUACUGUUCAUUGACUAUAGCUUAGCGUUCAACACCAUAGUGCCCUCCAAGCUCAUCACUAUGCUAAGGACCGUGGGACUGAACAUCUCCCUCUGCAACUGGAUCCUGGACUUCCGGAAGGGCCUCCCUCAGGUGGUAAGGGUAGGCAACAACACAUCCGCCAAGCUGACCCUCAACAUGGGGGCCCCUCAGGGGUGCGUGCUUAAUCCCCUCCUGUUCUCCCUGUUCACCCUACGACUGCGUGGCCACGCACAACUCCAACACCAUCAUUACGUUUGCAGACGACACUAUGGUGGUAAGACCGAUCAUCGACACUGCCGAUAGGGAGGAGGUCAGAGGUCUGGCAAUGUGGUGCAGGGCAACAACCUCUCCCUCAACGUGAGCAAGACAAAGGAGCUGAACGUGGACUACAGGAAAGGAGGGCCGAGCAUGCCACCAUUCACAUCUACGGGGCUGUAGUGGAGCGGGUCGAGAGCUUCAAGUUCCUUGGUGUCAACAUUACUAAGGACCUAUCAUGGUCCAAACACACCAAGACAGUAAUGAAGAGGGCAUGGCAAUGCCUAUUCCUCCUCAGGAGGCUGAAAAUAUUUGUCAUGGGACCUCAAAAGUUAUACAUCUGUACCAUUGAGAGCAUCCUGAGUGGUUUCAUCACCGCUUGGUAUGGUAACUACUUGGCAUCCGACCGCAAGGCGCUACAGAGGAUAGUGGGUACGGCCCAUUACAUCACUGUGGCCGAUCUUCCUGCCAUCCAGUACCUCUAUAUCAGGUGGUGUCAGAGGAAGGCCCUAAAAAUUGUCAAAGACUCCAGCCACCCAUAGACUGUUCUCUCUGCUACCGCACGGCAAGCAGUACUGGAGUGCCAAGUCUGGAACCAAAAGGCUUCUCAACAGCUUCUACACCCAAGCCAUAAGACUGCUGAAUGGUUAAUCAAAUGACUAUUUGCAUUGUUUUAUUAUAAUUUAUUCUUAUUUCUUGCACUGACUCUCUUGCACAGGCUCGAUGUAUAGUCACUGGACUCUAACCACACACAUACUACACUGACACUCCCACACACCCACCCACACACACAAAACACACACAUGCAUUUUGAGGAGUAUUUCUGUCUGUAAUAAAGCCCUUUAGUGGGGAAAAACGAAUUAUGUUUGCCUGGGCCUGGCCCUGGCCCACCAGUGGUUGGGCCUGGCUGCCAAGUGGGUGGGCAUAUGCCCUCCCAGGCCCACCCAUGGCUGCACCCCUGACCAAUCAUGUGAAAUCCAUAGCUUAGGGCCUAAUUUAUUUAAAUGGUCUGAUUUCCUGAUAUGAACUGUAACUGUAACAACUUAAAUUGUUGCGUUUAUAUUUUUGUUCAGUAUAUUGAGAGAUAAUACAGUGACUAUGGAACCUUAGUUAUUUAGACGACUGGUUCAGUUUCACUGGGAACAAAAUUAACUGCUGCACUGACAUUUAGCAUGGCAACCGCCGUUAAACGUUAUCGAAGAAGAACAUUUAGUAUGAAUGGAAACUGGAUGCGAAUGAGCUUGCUAUCAAUUUGAGUGGACCGGUGAAUGCUAGUCAAUUUAAUCUGGUGAUAUAAACCAUACUAAGUUAUUUAAAUAUAAACAGUUGUAUCUUCUGAAUAAAGACUGGAAGGCGUGUGAACGGGCGGCUGUUCAACCAGUGAGUCCAACUAGCAACACAUGCUAGCUUGCUAACUUUAAAUAGAGACCAAGGCCAGAAUAAAGAUGGAAACAAUACUUAACCUACCAAUCGAAAAUAAGAUAUUUUAUGCUGUUCUGGUGUUCUCAUGGACGGUGUAUCUAUGGGAGGCCUACCUUGCCUACAGACAGCGGAGAAUAUACAGGUUGACCUUGCAAGUACCACAAGAGUUGGGAAAGAUCAUGGACACAGACACCUUUGAGAAGUCACGCCUUUAUCAACUGGACAAGAGCAACUUCAGUUUCUGGUCUGGACUGUAUUCAGAAACUGAGGGGACGCUGAUCCUGCUGUUUGGCGGAAUCCCUUUUGUUUGGAAAGUUGCUGGGACAGUGACUGCUCGUUUUGGAUUGGGUCCAGAGUAUGAGAUCUUCCAGUCUCUUUCGUUUCUGAUACUAGCAACCCUGUUCAGUGCAUUCACUGGUCUUCCCUGGAGUAUCUACAACACCUUUGUUAUUGAGGAGAAGCAUGGCUUCAACCAGCAGACACUGGGGUUCUUCCUAAAGGAUGCUGUAAAGAAGUUUAUUGUGACCCAGUGUAUCUUGUUGCCUGUGACCUCACUGCUCCUCUACAUCAUCAAGAUUGGUGGAGACUUCUUCUUCAUCUACGCCUGGCUCUUCACACUGGGUGUCUCGCUUGUUCUGGUGACCAUCUAUGCGGACUACAUUGCGCCCCUAUUUGACAAGUUCACCCCUUUGCCAGAGGGUGAGCUGAAGGAAGAGAUUGAAAGCAUGUCGAAGUCUAUCAGUUUCCCUCUCACUAAGGUCUAUGUUGUAGAAGGUUCCAAGCGUUCCUCUCACAGUAACGCUUACUUCUAUGGGUUCUUCAAGAACAAGCGCAUUGUGUUGUUCGACACCCUGCUGGAGGACUACUCUCCCCUCAACAAGGACGGCGAGCCAGAGACUGACACACUAACCGAGGACAAAUCCAAGCUCAAGAACAAGAAGCAAGGCUGCAACAAUCCAGAGGUCUUGGCGGUGUUGGGCCACGAGCUGGGCCAUUGGAAGUUGGGCCACACUGUGAAAAACAUAGUAAUCAGUCAGAUGAACUCCUUCCUGUGCUUCUUCCUCUUUGCUGUGCUAAUUGGACAGAAGGAGCUGUUCAUGGCCUUUGGUUUCUAUAACAGCCAGCCCACUUUGAUUGGGUUAAUGAUCAUAUUCCAGUUCAUCUUCUCCCCAUACAAUGAGGUCCUGUCCUUCUGUCUGACUGUCCUGAGCCGCAGGUUUGAGUUCCAGGCGGACUCCUUUGCGCGCGGCAUGGGUCGAGCCUCAGAGCUCUGCUCUGCACUCAUCAAGCUCAACAAAGACAACCUGGGCUUCCCUGUGGCUGACUGGCUCUUUUCCAUGUGGCACUACUCCCACCCUCCCCUCCUGGAGCGCCUACGGGCCCUGGGAAGCACCAAGCAGGACUGACGAGUCCCAAAAGGAGAGCCACGCCUGCUGCCUCUCCCAAAGCGUCUCCACAUGCCUCUUCUGGCACUCUGAUGUAGUCUCCCCUAUUUUCCUCUCUGUUUCCCUAUUUUUGUUGUCCUUUAUCCUUUCCAUUAUGUUCCUUUUUUGGUUACAUUUUUUUCCCAGUUUCAAACUUGCACAAUACCAAAAGUUUUCAGAAAUCUAGUGUGAGACCAGAUCUAUCAGCUAUGCUUAUUCUAGGUGUAAUGGAGUUAAGAAUGUCAAGCUAGCUGUGAGCUUAUGGUACAUGUUGCCGAUGGAGCUAUCGAUUUAUACAUUUUCCCGAUAGCUCAAACGGUUGGUAAGUUGUCAAGGAGAGCGAUCACGUGUGCUAGCCAGGCACGUGUGCUAGUCAGUGCGAGCCGAAUCGGGAGCAACCUGUACUCACUAAGCAAGCAGCGUGACGUCCGUAACAUAGGCAAACAUGAACAUGCAAUACCAUUGUGGGCAUAAAUAAUUACCUGAACAUUUUUAGUUUAAGCACUUGCCACUAGUACAGGUCACAUUGAUCAAGGAUUUCUCAUAUUUCAGCAAGGUUUACAUUUUUCUGAAGUUUUAUUUGAAUUUCAUUUACUCCCCUAAGAAUUUGUAAUUCCAAAUGUUUUCUCAUAAAACCUUGUUGUACAGUAGUGGAACUAUCCCUGGCCAGUAGGGGUGGAACUAUCCCUGGCCAGUAGGGGUGGAACUAUCCCUGGCCAGUAGGGGUGGAACUAUCCCUGGCCAGUAGGGGUGGAACUAUCCCUGGCCAGUAGGGGUGGAACUAUCCCUGGCCAGUAGGGGUGGAACUAUCCCUGGCCAGUAGGGGUGGAACUAUCCCUGGCCAGUAGGGGUGGAACUAUCCCUGGCCAGUAGGGGUGGAACUAUCCCUGGCCAGUAGGGGUGGAACUAUCCCUGGCCAGUAGGGGUGGAACUAUCCCUGGCCAGUAGGGGUGGAACUAUCCCUGGCCAGUAGGGGUGGAACUAUCCCUGGCCAGUAGGGGUGGAACUAUCCCUGGCCAGUAGGGGUGGAACUAUCCCUGGCCAGUAGGGGUGGAACUAUCCCUAUCCAAUCCAUUUUAGGGGGGGGGGGUUGAGAAAAAAAUAUCAGGAGUGUCCAUAGGAUCUACAGCGAAUGGGCCAUCAAUUUAUUAUUAGUAGUAUAUCCUGCUGGUCGAUUGGCUCCAUCUACAACUGUUUAUUAUGAGAGGUGUGUGUGUGAACACUAGAACUUUAAAAGAUACACACCUUUUCAGAUUUAGUCAAGACUAUGCUUAAGAUGGAUCAUUGUUGAAGUUAUACAGGUAACUGCCAAAGUAAUGAAACACUUGAGGAAAUUAGGGAUACAAAGUAUAUUGAAAGCACAUGCUUCCACACUGGUGUGGCUUCUAAGUUAAUUAAGCAAUUAACAUCCCAUCGUGCUUAGGGUCAUGUAUAAAAACCAUGACAAUGCCCCCAUAGGAUGACGAUGCCCCUAUCCACAGGGCAUGAGUGGUCAAAUAAAAUUGUAUUUGACACAUGCGCCGAAUACAAUCGGUGUAGACGUUACCAUAAAAUGCUUAUUUACAAGCCCUUAACCAACAAUGCAGAGUAAGAGGGGGGGACGAUGCAAAUAGUCUGGGUAGCCAUUUGAUUAGAUGUCCAGGAGUCUUAUGGCUUGGGGGUAGAAGCUGUUUAGAAGCCUCUUGGACCUAGACUUGGCACUCCGGUACCGCUUGCCGUACUGUAACAGAGAGAACAGUCUAUGACUAGGGUGACUGGAGUCUUUGACAAUUUUUAGGGCCUUCCUCUGACACCGCCUGGUAUAGAGGUCCUGGAUGGCAGGAAGCUUGGCCAAUCGCACAACCCUUUUGUAGUGCCUUGCGGUUGGAAGCCGAGCGGUUACCAUACCAGACAGUGAUGCAAACAGGAUGCUCUCGAUGGUGCAGCUGUAGAACCUUUUGAGGAUAUUAGGACCCAUGUCAAAUCUUCUCGGUCUCCUGAGGGGGAAUAGGUUUUGCCGUGCCCUCUUCACAACUGUCUUGGUGUGCUUGGACCAUGUUUGAUGUAAUAUGUAAACUCAGCAAAAAAAAGUUAUGUCCUCUCACUGUCAACUGUGUUUAUUUUCAGCAAACUUAAAAUGUGUAAAUGUAUGUAUGAACAUAACAAGAUUUAACAGACAUAAACUGAACAAGUUCCACCGACAGGUGACUAACAGAAA